AGAAAACAGUUUAAACAAGAACAGUUUAGGUAUAAUGUUUUAUUUUGAAAAUUCUAACCCAGAUACAUUAAUUUUGUUUCCGGGUAAUGUGUGGUUCUGUAGACACGUUGUUUGAGCUUUGGUUUACGGGACGUUUACCGUGGGGGAAGGACGGACAUGAAAAAUCGAGGUGGAGGCUGUCUAGAUGGUCGCCUUCGAAACCGAGUGGAGCAGUAUUUGGAAUCCAGCAACAGUGAAUAUGUGGACCUUUCAGCCAUGGCCCUGGAACUUCAAAAACGAUACCGAAUGGAGUAUGGCAGAAGAAACAAGUCAGCUUUUAGGAUUCAAGUAGAGAAAGUAUAUGAAGCCAUCAUGAAGGAAUCUGUGCUGAAUGAUUUGGAGAGCAAACACUUGGCUAAGAAGGCCAAGCACAGCCAUGACACAGGGAAUGGCAGUAGCUCAGAGCAGUCCUCAGACAGUAAUGACCAGAUCAUGGAGAACCAGCCCAGCAACCACAUGAAUAGCUCCCUCACAUCACUGUACAGGAAGGGAAACCCUGACUCCAGUAACAACUCUCCCACAAGAGACCAGGACAUAGACAGUCCAACUUUCAGCACAAAGAACCUCCCUCUCAGUUCGAGAACUAUGGUUUCCAGAGGUGGUUGGUUCAUUGAUAGAGGCAGAAGACCUGGGAAAGGCACCACGCUUAUCGAUCUAUGUGACGAGGGCCCAACUGCUACAGCUGCAGAUACAGAUGUUUCAAUGCUGGAGCCGAAGAAGUCGCAUAAAAUGUCCAAGAAAUGGACAAAGAGCUCCACUGCUGAGGCUCGCAGCCUGAAUAAGAAAGCAAAGAACAAGUCCCCAGAGCUCCAGUAUCCCGUCCUCAAGUUUGAAGACGUGGGAGGAAACGAAGAGACUUUAACGGAAGUAUGUAAACUACUGAUCCACAUGCGGCACCCAGAGGUGUACCAGCAGCUGGGAAUGGUUCCUCCAAGGGGCUUCCUCCUCCACGGACCUCCUGGCUGUGGAAAGACGCUGCUGGCCCAGGCCAUCGCUGGGGAGCUGCAGCUGCCCAUGUUGAAGGUGUCUGCUCCAGAGCUGGUGUCUGGCGUGUCCGGGGAGUCUGAGCAGAAGCUCAGGGAGCUGUUUGACCUGGCACUAAGCUCAGCUCCUUGCAUUCUGUUUAUAGACGAGAUAGACGCCAUAACCCCUAAGAGGGAAGUGGCCUCCAAGGACAUGGAGAGGAGGAUAGUAGCCCAGUUGCUCACCUGCAUGGAUGACCUAAACAGUCUAACUGUGACAGCUCAGGUCCUGGUCAUCGGGGCUACCAACAGGCCGGACUCCCUCGACCCGGCCCUGCGCAGAGCAGGACGCUUUGACAGAGAGAUCUGCCUUGGGAUCCCUGAUAAAGCAGCUCGUCUUAGAAUCUUGAAGACACUGUGUCGAAAGCUAAAGUUACCAAAGGAUUUUGACUAUCAGCAGCUGGCCCAUCUUACACCAGGCUACGUGGGAGCCGACCUCAUGGCUCUGUGCCGCCAAGCCGCCAUGAGCGCCGUCAACAGAGUUCUACUGGAGUUACCAACAAGCCAAAACCAGAGUUCUGCCAAGGAUAUGCUAACAAGCAGAGCUCAGUCUGAGCCUGGUGACACUGAGAAAGAGCAACAGACCACACACAUGAACUUAACACUUCAGCAAGAGUCUGGACAGGAUCCUUUGCAGCAGGGGGAGCUGUGGCACCUGCUUCGCCUGUUGAAAACAACAGAGACGCUGUCUGAGGAGGAGCUGGCCGACGUGUCCAUCCUCAUGUCAGACUUUCAGGGGUCUUUGGCCAGUGUCCAGCCCUCAGCCAAAAGGGAGGGCUUUGCUACCGUGCCUGAUGUCACUUGGGAGGAUGUGGGAGCCCUGCAGGACGUCAGAGAGGAGCUCACCAUGGCCAUACUGGCUCCUGUACGUUCUCCAGAGCAGUUCAGCUCUCUGGGGCUCAGUGCUCCAUCUGGAGUGCUGCUGGCUGGACCUCCAGGAUGUGGAAAGACAUUGCUGGCCAAGGCAGUUGCUAAUGAGUCAGGCCUCAACUUCAUCUCAGUCAAAGGUCCAGAGCUGCUUAACAUGUAUGUGGGAGAGAGCGAGCGUGCUGUCAGACAGGUCUUCCAGAGAGGACGCAACUCGGCUCCUUGUGUGAUUUUCUUUGACGAGAUUGAUGCCCUGUGUCCUCGUCGCUCAGGCCACGAGUCAGGAGCCAGUGCCCGAAUUGUUAACCAGCUUCUAACUGAGAUGGACGGCUUGGAGACAAGAAAGCAGGUUUUCAUCAUGGCUGCAACCAACAGACCAGAUAUCAUUGACCCUGCUAUACUGAGACCAGGUCGCCUUGAUAAAACCUUGUACGUUGGUCUGCCACCUCCAGCCGAUCGUCACGCUAUCCUGCUCACUAUCACUAAGGAUGGGACCAAACCACAGCUGGAACAGGAUGUUAGCCUUCAGGAGGUUGCCUUCGACAAACGCUGCAAUUGCUUUACUGGAGCUGACCUGACUGCAUUAGUGAGGGAAGCCUCUCUUAACGCUCUAAGGACCUACCUCAAGUCCCAGCAUUCCCCAGCUGCUGCCUCUGGUUACGCAUCUUCCUCCAGCUCUGUGGUUCACAUUAAAGUAAAUAAAGAGAACUUUGAAGAUGCCUUCAAGAAAAUUCGUCCAUCAGUUUCCAGAGAGGACCAAAAGAUGUACGAGCAGCUCAAAGCAUCCCUCAGCAGAUAACCCCACCUCAAACAGGUCAACACAUCAAACCCAAGUUUGCCCUGCUUGAUGACACCUUUUUAUUGUUGGUUCUUUGUGUGUGGCUUGUUCUAUAUACUGAUCAUAUGCUGUUUGGUCACCUCAACAUAAAUUCAGAAAUUGCUUGA